UCUCGACAAAACUAGCUAGCUCUCUCAAAAGGGGCUUUGAGAGUUUCCUUUUGUUUCUUAGAUUUCUCACAUUUUCUUGGAAAGUAAUUGAAAUGGUGAGAGGAAAGAUCGAGAUCAAGAAGAUCGAGAACGUGACAAGCAGGCAAGUCACAUUUUCGAAGCGAAGGAGUGGUCUCUUUAAGAAGGCUCAUGAGCUUUCUAUUCUAUGUGAUGCUCAAGUCGCAGCUAUUAUCUUCUCUCAGAAAGGAAGAUUAUAUGAAUUCGCAAGCUCCGAUAUCAAGAAGACGAUCAAGCGAUACUCAGAAUAUAAGAGAGAGUACUUUGGUGCAGAAAGUCACCCUAUAGAGCAAUACGUGCAGGGACUAAAGAAGGAAAUGGUGGCAAUGGUGAAAAAGAUUGAAGUGCUUGAAGUUCAUAACCGGAAGCUGAUGGGGCAAAGCUUGGCGUUUUGUUCGGUGAAAGAACUUCAGGAUAUAGCCAACCAGAUAGAGAAAAGCCUUCAUAUUGUUAGAUUGACAAAGGCUAAGUUAUAUGAAGAUGAGCUAAAGAAACUAAAAGCCAAGGAGGGGGAACUCAAGGACGAGAGAGUCAGGCUCUGUGGAAGGGUUGGAGAAAUGUCAAUGGGGAUGCCGUCCGGAAGCAAAGAGAAAGAGGAUGUUGAAACUGAUCUAUCUAUUGGAUUUUCGAAGAGCCGACCAUAAGAUCUAUCUUGUUCGUUAAAACCUGAUCAUUCUAUCAAUGAUCAUCUCAGUUAAUGUUAUGUAUAUUAAUAGUAUUUCAUUUACUUCUCUUUUUUUUUUUGGUAUAAACUCAAAAUAAUGUAAUGUUGUAAGAGAGUUUAAACUAUGUUUUUGUUUGUGGAUGUAAUGUAAUGUAAGCUCUCAAGUUUA